GGGCCAAGUGGCCUACCAAUCAGACCUGGGCCGCUCCAGCUGUGUCCUGAGGAGCUGGACCAGCCACCUCCCCUGGGGCUGGAGUUGAAGCUGAACCAAGUGGCCAUCCAGGCGUAAAACCAUAGAUUUUCUGGCUCCAGGAACAGCUAGACCCAGUGGGCAGGCAGGCAGGCAGGCAGGCUUGCACUUGGAGCCUCCAGUGCUCAGCAAGCUGGCUCUCCACAGGCAGGAUGGCGCUGCAAGUGGAGCUGAUACCCACCGGGGAGAUCAUCCGCGUGGUUCAUCCCCACAGGCCCUGCAAGCUCACCCUGGGCAGUGACGGGGUACGCGUGACCAUGGAGAGUGCGCUGACCGCCCGUGACCGGGUGGGGGUACAGGAUUUUGUACUGCUGGAGAACUUCACCAGUGAGGCAUCCUUUAUUGAGAACCUGCGGCGGCGAUUCCGGGAGAACCUCAUAUAUACUUACAUCGGCCCAGUCCUGGUCUCUGUUAAUCCCUACCGGGACCUACAGAUCUACAGCCGGCAGCACAUGGAACGCUACCGUGGUGUCAGCUUCUAUGAAGUGCCCCCCCACCUGUUUGCAGUGGCUGACACUGUGUACCGGGCACUGCGCACAGAGCGCCGGGACCAGGCAGUGAUGAUUUCUGGAGAGAGCGGGGCAGGCAAGACUGAGGCCACCAAGAGACUGUUGCAAUUCUAUGCUGAGACCUGCCCAGCCCCCGAGCGGGGGGGUGCUGUACGUGACAGACUGCUUCAGAGCAACCCUGUGCUGGAGGCCUUUGGAAACGCCAAGACCCUUCGGAAUGAUAACUCCAGCCGGUUUGGGAAAUACAUGGAUGUACAGUUUGACUUCAAGGGUGCCCCCGUGGGUGGCCACAUCCUUAGUUACCUCCUGGAGAAAUCCCGAGUGGUGCAUCAGAAUCACGGGGAGAGGAACUUCCACGUCUUCUACCAGCUGCUGGAGGGGGGCGAGGAGGAGACCCUGCGCAGACUGGGCUUGGAGCGCAACCCCCAGAGCUAUCUGUACCUGGUGAAGGGCCAGUGUGCCAAAGUGUCCUCCAUCAAUGACAAGAGUGACUGGAAGGUGGUCAGGAAGGCUCUGACAGUCAUCAACUUCACCGAGGACGAAGUGGAGGACCUGCUGAGCAUCGUGGCCAGUGUCCUGCAUUUGGGCAACAUCCACUUUGCUGCUGAUGAGGAGAGCAAUGCCCAGGUCACCAGUGAGAACCAGCUUAAGUAUCUGACUAGGCUCCUUGGUGUAGACGGCGUGACGUUGCGGGAAGCCCUGAUUCACAGGAAGAUCAUCGCCAAGGGAGAAGAGCUCCUGAGCCCGCUGAACCUAGAACAGGCUGCGUAUGCACGAGAUGCUCUUGCCAAGGCUGUAUACAGUCGCACUUUUACCUGGCUGGUUGGGAAAAUCAACAGGUCGCUGGCCUCCAAGGAUGCGGAGAGUCCCAGCUGGCGGAGCACCACGGUCCUUGGGCUCCUGGACAUUUAUGGCUUUGAGGUGUUUCAGCACAACAGUUUUGAACAAUUCUGCAUCAAUUACUGCAAUGAAAAGCUGCAGCAGCUCUUCAUAGAGCUCACCCUCAAGUCAGAACAGGAGGAAUAUGAGGCUGAGGGCAUCGCGUGGGAGCCUGUCCAGUAUUUCAACAAUAAGAUCAUCUGUGACCUGGUGGAGGAGAAGUUCAAGGGUAUCAUCUCCAUUUUGGAUGAGGAAUGUCUGCGCCCUGGGGAGGCCACAGACCUGACCUUCUUGGAGAAGUUGGAGGACACGGUCAAGCACCAUCCGCACUUCCUGACGCACAAGCUGGCUGACCAACGGACCAGGAAAUCUCUGGGCCGUGGUGAAUUCCGCCUUCUCCACUACGCUGGGGAGGUGACCUACAGCGUGACUGGGUUUCUGGAUAAGAACAAUGACCUUCUCUUCCGGAACCUGAAGGAGACCAUGUGCGGCUCCAAGAAUCCCAUUAUGAGCCGGUGCUUCGACCGGAGUGAGCUCAGUGACAAGAAGCGACCAGAGACGGUUGCCACCCAGUUCAAGAUGAGCCUCCUGCAGCUGGUGGAAAUCCUCAAGUCCAAGGAGCCUGCCUACAUCCGCUGCAUCAAGCCCAAUGAUGCCAAGCAGCCCGGUCGCUUUGAUGAGGUCUUGAUCCGGCACCAGGUGAAGUACCUGGGGUUAAUGGAGAACCUGCGUGUGCGCAGAGCCGGCUUUGCCUAUCGCCGCAAAUACGAAGCUUUCCUGCAGAGGUACAAGUCACUGUGCCCAGAGACAUGGCCCACAUGGGCAGGGCGGCCCCAGGAUGGGGUGGCUGUGCUGGUCAGACACCUUGGCUACAAGCCCGAGGAGUACAAGAUGGGCCGGACCAAGAUCUUCAUCCGCUUCCCAAAGACCCUGUUUGCUACAGAGGAUGCCCUGGAGAUCCGGCGGCAGAGCCUAGCCACAAAGAUCCAGGCCACCUGGAGGGGCUUUCACUGGCGGCAGAAAUUCCUCCGGGUGAAGCGAUCAGCCAUCUGCAUCCAGUCAUGGUGGCGCGGAACACUGGGCCGCAGGAAAGCAGCCAAGAGGAAGUGGGCGGCAGAGACAAUUCGUCGGCUUAUCCGUGGCUUCAUCCUGCGCCAUGCACCCCGUUGCCCUGAGAAUGCCUUCUUCCUGGACCACGUGCGUACUUCUUUUUUGCUCAGCCUGCGGCGGCAGCUGCCUCAAAACAUCCUGGACACCUCGUGGCCCACACCUCCACCUGCCCUGCGUGAGGCCUCAGAUCUUCUGCAGGAGUUGUGCAUGAAGAACAUGGUGUGGAAAUACUGCCGGAGUAUCAGCCCUGAGUGGAAGCAGCAGCUGCAGCAAAAGGCCGUAGCCAGUGAGAUCUUCAAGGGCAAGAAGGACAAUUACCCUCAAAGUGUCCCCAGGCUCUUCAUCAGCACACGGCUCAGUACGGAUGAGAUCAGCCCCAAAGUGUUACAAGCUCUAGGCUCGGAGCCCAUCCAGUAUGCAGUGCCUGUAGUGAAAUAUGACCGCAAGGGCUACAAGCCUCGCUCUAGACAGCUGCUGCUGACACCCAGCGCCGUGGUCAUUGUGGAAGACGCCAAAGUCAAGCAAAGGAUCGAUUACACCAAUCUGACUGGGAUCUCCGUCAGCAGCCUGAGCGACAGUCUCUUUGUACUUCAUGUGCAGCGGGAGGAUAAUAAGCAGAAGGGGGAUGUGGUGCUGCAGAGUGACCACGUGAUUGAGACUCUAACCAAGACAGCCCUCAGUGCCGACCGUGUGAACAACAUCAAUAUCAACCAGGGCAGCAUCACUUUUGCAGGGGGCCCCGGCAGGGAUGGCACUAUCGACUUCACACCUGGCUCAGAGCUGCUCAUCACCAAGGCCAAGAAUGGCCACCUGGCUGUGGUGGCCCCACGGCUGAAUUCUCGGUGAUGAAGGUGCCCACUGGACCCCCUACAACUCCCUAAUGCUUUGCUUAUCCCCACCUCCCUUUCCCAGUUACCAAAGACUCAAGCAUCCAGACAGGGACCCAGGGUCACCUCAAAGCCCACCUGCAAACUCCUGCCUCCUGCUCACCUCUCUUUUAGGGGAGAUCAGGGGCCAGGGAGCUAUCCCAGGAGUGGGCCAGGCCGGGUCACAGCAAUAGAAAAGCCGGGGCCGGAGCAAGCCAUGCCAGCUCUGCCUCUGAUGCCAAAUAUUUGAGAGAAAGGAACUUUUGCUGAGGUUUUCUCUGAGACUUUUUUGAUGCUUUAUAGGAAACGAUUUUUUAAAAAGCCAUUUUCCCACCCCAAGACACACUGGAUGUGUUCUCCCUGCCUCCAGCAGGACAGGGGAUGCAGCUGAGAGAUGGGCAGGCCGGGCUCUGGUGCCCUUUUCCCUGCCCAGGCCACCCUCUCCUCAUUCCCUUUGGCACCUUAUCUGUCUUCUGUCUGCCUGCCCACCUGCACCCUUUGCAGCCUACUCUGGCCUCCCCAUGGGGGCUGAGACUCCUCUUGCCUGCCCCCUUCUUCCUGCCUUAAGAAUGUCCUGUUA